GUUGCACACUUGGGCUGGUGCUGCGCCUGCAGGCAAUGUCAUAUACUCCCCAUACAUAAUCAUUUCUUGCCGCUCCAGCUUGUUUGUUGUUCUCUAUUAUCUCAAAUCAACCCUCCUCCUCCUCCUCCCCCUCCCAUUCAGCUGGCCAGUCGAUUCUCAAACUCGAAUCCUUCGCUGCACCCCGACGACUGCGCUUCCGGAAGCUACCAACUCCCACUCUUGUCUGCGGUGAGCCCAGAUCCCCCCCUCGCCUCGGUCCAAGCCUGAUUGAUCCAUUCAUCAUUCCUGUUGGCCCCCAAGGAUUGCCAAUCCUUGCUCCUCCUCACCACUCACCUUCCGCCCACGACAUCUGGUGGCUGUUGCGAGUACAUCGCCUUGCUGUCAUGCCCUGACAUCAGGCCCUUCGGUCCUUUUUCUUGAACCCUGCUACAACCGCCCCCUGACAUGAAACCUUGCUGACCUUGAGCCUCUUCAGGGUUGAGCCCUUCAUAUUACAUUUCCAACCUGACCUCGUCACCAUUUAUUUGGCACCAGCGUCCACGCCGGCUUUAGUUGUCAACCUCCGAUGCCUGGGAGAAAGAUUCCCUACAGCAGCGGCCAGCCCACGUCCUCACAAUGACCGAAAACCGCUACCGUCCCAGCUCACCUCCUGGGCGUCGCUACGCCGACCCUCGUGCCUCGACAGGCAUGGUCAUAUCCUCCUCCUUCGAUCCUCGAUAUUCCUCUUCCUCGCAGCCUCGCAGCGUCAUUGAUACUUUCCCUGCCACGCGACACGGGAGCGUCUACACUACUCAACCCAUCGCAAGGAAAACACUCCUCGACGAUCCUCAUUCCGGGGGAGGGUCAAUAGUGAGGACCGAAUAUGCCGUGCGUCCAAGAAAUAAUUCCACACUGGAGGCUCGCCGGCCAGUGAACACCUUCACCGAGCGUCGGUCUUCCCCGCCUCGAGUACGACCGGCCAUCAUCAGCGCUUCCUCGCGUGACGAUCCAAGAAGCCCCGUGACGGCCUCGAGAGAGGAUCGAUAUCUUGUUCCCGCUGCCUCAAGUGGUCGAAACCACCAUCGCCAUUCGAGCGCAACCCGUGCCGAACAAGACCGUCUACUGCCCGCAAGGGCCAGCCGACAACCUGAGUACCAUCGCCGUGGUGGGUACAAUAGCUAUCCGUAUUCUUCAACUAGAGGACCGCUUCAGGAUGAAGGAUUCUCUUAUACCACUCCAAAAGAACAGUUUUUGCAGGAGUCAUCCCGGCCUCCUCAGAGGCGGGAGAGCUACAGCAGACGAGAACGACCGGUAAGCAUAGCUGGGUUGCCCGAGUACAGACUGCCGGCGAGGAGAGACACGAGGGAUGUGCCACCACCUUCGUCUGCCCGUGUCCUCGACCGAAUCGAGAGGAAUGAGCCUCUUCGAUAUUCAAGCGGUCGGACAAGCGACACGGAAGAUCGAGGUGACAUUCCCCGACGUCGUCACUCUACCAGAGCGCCGGUCUUGCAUCACUAUCCCGAGGACGGCACCAUGUCCGCACGUGAGGAACGCGACCUUCGACCCUUGACCAGAUCCCGUCACGACCAUUUAGAGGAGGAGGACAAGCCUCUCAAGCAUAGGCAUCGUGAUGAGCGCGAAAGGGAGGUAUUGCGUGAGCUUCCACGCGAGCCGGAACGAGUCCGUGAGCGGGACCGGGAUAGAGACCGUGAGAGAGAUAAGGAUAGAGACCGCGAACGGGAUCGCGAUCGAGAGAGGGAUCGGGAUCGGGAUCGAGACCGUGAAAGGGACAGAGAGAGAGACAGGUAUCGAGACGUUGACAAGUCCGGCAAGCCUCGAAGCCGCGACAGCAGCCCAGAGCAUUCGGGACUACGUAAAGGACUGGCCGCAGCCGCCGGUCUAGGCGCGGUAAGCGCCGCAGCUGGUGUAGCUCUGAAGAGCCGCAACAAGGACGGCGAAGACUCAGAGACUGAUGACCGCAAAGAGCGAAAGCACCGCCGAAGACGACACCACGACGAACCAAGUCCGGAUGAACUUGCCGGACGCGUCGAUCGCGAUCUUAAGUUGACCAAUGGAGACCGUGAUCCGCGCCGACGAGACGAGGACCGUGGUGCAGACGACGUGGAUGAGUAUGACGACCGCCAUGAAAGACGGAGGCACCAUCGCCACCGAAAGCACCGAGACCGAGGGGAUCGUGUGAAUGAGUCAGACACUACCGAGGAUUAUGAUGGGAAGGACACCCGGCAACGACGUCCCCGCGAGCGAGCGUCGUCUCGCGACGAAGAUCAAGAUGUGCCAACAGCUUUGGAACAACGAACAAUAUCUCCAGGUGAAGAUGAAGAUGACCGUCCUCGAAAGGUGCAAUUGGUCGAACCGGCCGAAAAGAAAGAGGAGUUCAAACCGAAGGGUAUCCUCAAGCCACCCCGAGAAAUACCAUUUCCAGAAGACCCCAAUCCUACACGGGAAGGGGUCGCACCCUUGAAAGAUGCCCACAAAGAUGGUAUCCCACCGAACGCGAGGUGGACCAAAAUCAGCCGAGCACUAGUGAAUCCGGAGGCCCUAGAAAAGGCACAUGAAAGGUUCGAAGAGAGAGAUGACUAUGUGGUUGUCUUGAGAGUGGUUUCCAGGGAAGAGAUCACGAAGCUGGCAGAGAAGACAAAGGAGAUCAGAGAAGCUCGAGAGCGCAAAUGGCAGGCCGAGCUCGAGGAAAAGCGCCGUCGGCGAGCAGAAAGAGGUGAGUAUAGCGAUGAAAGCGACGACGAGUACAGCGAGGAGGAUCGACGCCCACUCCGUGCUAUAGAACAACCGCCUCCUGCUCAAGGGCUACAAGGUGAUCCCAGAGCAUACUUUGCGCAACAACAGCAGCCACAGCUACAACCGCAACAGCAACCUAGAGUAGAAGUCCCUAGCGUUGCUAAUGCCAUCCCAGGACAGCCUGGUGGCGCACCAGCGCAACAGCCCCCUCCAUUUGCCGGAGCAUAUCCUCCACCAACUCAGCAGCAGCAACAGCCACCAGGAAUACCUGUGCCAGAUAUCAGGGUUGAGCCCACUGCCGGUAACUAUUCCACGAAUGUAUGAAGGCAGGUAUGAGCACGAGAGACGAGUGAAUGUGCGAUGAAAGUAUGGUUAUCUUGUAUGAGAGGGGAUAUAUGAGGACGACUGGGCGUUGAUUUUGCUAUUCGAGUUUGAUGCAUUCUAUUUGGGACGCAGUAGGAGAAUCAUUGUCAGAGUUUGAGCAAGGAAUGUGAGAGCGGGUGCGGGUCUUUGAAGGGAUGUGCAACUAGAACUGCACUGCGAUUUCUGGUCAUCGACACUAUCAGAGCGAGGGAGAUGUUCUCUGGCUGUGAGAUGCGAGAAUCUACUGCUGUAUCAGUCGAAUUUCUGAACCGGUGUCCAUGUGUUAUGAUGACGUGUGUCGGGGCAUUUAUUGACCAAGUCCUCUAGUCGACGGUCACGUGAACAGUCUCGGAUCUGUCAGGCGCCCUCGGCGCGUCAAGCCACACCUGAC